GAAAGUUCCAGGGGGCCCCAGCGCAGGUCAAGGAUUGGGGGGCGGGGCCGGUGCGGACGUGGGAGCCGGCGCCGGGCACUGGAGGGGCCAUGGAUGGGCUCGGCCGCCGCCUCCGAGCCAGCCUGAGACUGAAGCGCGGCCGCGGGGGACCUUCUCAGAACAAUACUGGGGAAGCUGCCACAGAACCAGAGAGGACCCAGGAACAUUCCCUGUCCAACUUUGCUGGAGGCCAGCACUUCUUUGAAUACCUUCUUGUUGUUUCUUUAAAGAAAAAGCGUUCAGGGGAUGACUAUGAACCCACGAUCACCUACCAGUUUCCCAAGAGGGAGAACCUGCUCCGGGGUCAACAGGAGGAGGAAGAACGGCUGCUCAAAGCCAUUCCUUUAUUCUGCUUCCCCGAUGGGAAUGAGUGGGCACCCCUCACAGACUAUCCCAGGGAGACCUUCUCAUUUGUCCUGACCAACGUGGAUGGAAGCAGGAAGAUUGGAUACUGCAGGCGCCUCCUGCCUGCCGGUCCUGGCCCUCGCCUUCCCAAAGUAUACUGCAUCAUCAGUUGCAUCGGCUGCUUCGGCCUGUUCUCCAAGAUACUAGAUGAAGUAGAGAAGAGACACCAGAUCUCCAUGGCUGUCAUCUACCCAUUCAUGCAAGGUCUCCGAGAGGCAGCCUUCCCCGCACCCGGAAAGACUGUCACCCUUAAGAGUUUCAUCCCUGACUCAGGCACAGAGUUCAUCUCACUGACACGGCCCCUGGACUCCCACCUAGAGCAUGUGGACUUUAGUGCUCUGUUGAACUGUCUGCAGUUUGAGCAGAUUAUUCAGAUCUUUGCCUCUGCAGUCCUGGAAAGAAAAAUCAUCUUCCUGGCAGAAGGUCUCAGUACCCUGUCUCAGUGUAUCCAUGCUGCAGCGGCUCUGCUCUACCCCUUUAGUUGGGCACACACGUACAUCCCUGUGGUCCCCGAGAGCCUUCUGGCCACUGUCUGCUGCCCCACCCCCUUCAUGGUUGGGGUACAGAUGCGCUUCCUACAGGAGGUUAUGGACAGUCCCAUGGAAGAGGUCCUGUUGGUGAAUCUUUGUGAAGGAACCUUCUUAUUGUCGGUUGGUGAUGAAAAAGACAUCCUACCGCCAAAACUGCAAGAAGACAUCUUGGGCUCCCUUGGUCAGGGGAUAAAUGAGUUCAAGACUUCAGAACAAAUCAAUGAGCAUGUUUCAGGCCCUUUUGUGCAGUUCUUUGUCAAGACUGUGGGCCACUAUGCGUCCUAUAUCAAACGGGAAGCCAGUGGGCAAGGCCACUUCCAAGAACGAUCCUUCUGUAAAGCCAUCACCUCCAAGACCAAGCGCCGAUUUGUGAAGAAGUUUGUGAAGACACAGCUUUUUUCCCUGUUCAUCCAGGAAGCAGAGAAGAGCAGGAACCCUCCUGCAGGCUAUUUCCAAAAGAAAAUACUUGAAUACGAGGAACAGAAGAAGCAGAAGAAAGCAAAAGAAAAGACUGUGAAGUAAAAGCUGUGGUGAGCAAGUGUCUAGAGCUACAGGCCAAUUUGGACUUUGGCCCUUCUGGUGUGACAGGAUCAGCCCUGGAAUCCACGGCCUCCUUCCAACUGGUAACCCAGUCUUGCUUCAAAGUGGUGUCUGAGUUUGGAAUCCUUGGUGUCAGAAUUCCUCAGAACUUUGAGAGCUCUCAUCCCAUCUGAACUCAUUGAACUGUACUCAAAGCUGCACCUUUAGCAGGAUGGACACAGUAGGAAACAGCAGUACAGCUGCAGGUGUUUGACUAGAAGUCGCCACCAAUGCCAUCUUCUGGGAACCACCGUUAUAAAAUCCUCAGCGGAGAACACUGUUGUGGCCCAACGACACAUGUACAAAAUUGUCGUGACGUGAGGAUGAGAAUAAAGAUAAAAACCUUGUUGUUUGUCCAUCUAGGAGGCACCGCAUAGGAGAACAAACUGAACUAGACGUGGAGGAGGACCUGGUCACACUAGGCUAUUUGGAAUCACAAAAAUCAGGGGUCAGCAGCUCUACUUCUAGUAAGAAGAGAAAGAAAUCUUGAUCAGAGUGGCCACAGCAUAGUAGUCUUUGGUACUAGUCUGGUGUGCUUUCCAGUAUCUUGGGCAGAAACGGGUAGCAGGAAGAAGGCAGCUUUGGCCUCAGUUGACAGAAGCCCUUCAAAGCUGUCUCAUGACUUUGCUAACAAGGCCAGCCUGCCCAUAGCCCAGUUAGGGUUAGUCCUUUCCCUUCAAUCUUAGGGUUUAGGGUUAGUCCUUUCCCUUCAAUCUUAGGGUUAGGGUUAGUCCUUUCCCUUCAAUCUUAGGGUUAGGGUUAGUCCUUUCCCUUCAAUCUUAGGGUUAGGGUUAGUCCUUUACCUUCAAUCUUAGGGUUAGGGUUAGUCCUUUACCUUCAAUCUUAGGGUUAGGGUUAGUCCUUUACCUUCAAUCUUAGGGUUAGGGUUAGUCCUUUACCUUCAAUCUUAGGCAUCUCACCUCAACCACUUAUUAAGGUUCCAGUUCCAUUCUCCAGCUCAAGGUGAAAAGAUCUCUGCAUUGGCAUUCCCCCCUUUGCAAUCCAAAGUAUUGACAAGUUAUCUGGGCCCUUCUUUUUCUAUACCUCCACUCAAGUUUCUGUUUAAACCUACAAGAGAAACAUCUUGUCUUCUAGAAUUCUUUGAAAUGUUUCACUCUGUAUUUUCUUAUUGUAGCCUUUAGAAAUUUCUGAAUUCCAUACAAAGAAUGCAAAUGAGGUGGGGGUGUAACAAGAAGCAGAGGGACAAAAUGGAAGUUGAAAGGAUACACUCUGAUUUGAUGAACACAACUCCUGCUGCCGGUGGCAGAUGUCCACGUGCCAUACCUAACUGUAGUUUUGCAGUUUCUAGGAAUCAUUAUAUCUUUUCAGAUAUAUAGAAGUGGUUGCUAAACCUAGUUAGAUCUUGAAAAGUUUCAAAACCCAAGAACCAGAAUGCUGUUAAGGCUGUGAAAAUACUAAGGCUCCAAUAUAAGUCUACCAAAUUCUCUAUAGUGAUUGGACCUGGACUGCGGUAAAGUGGCACAGCCUAUAAUCCCAGCAUUCAGGAAGCUAAGCAAGGAGAACUGAGAGUUCAAGACCAGCUCGAGUUACUGAGGGACUUUAUCGAAAACCCACUCCCCCAAAAGUCCUGGGAAUAUGUUUUCUAAAAGCAUCCACAUUGUUGAAUGAUUCUCAUACUCUAGUAGGUAAAUGAACACAACAACCCGGGUUGGGUGAGGCUCUGUACAAACCAAUCAUUGGCUGAUGUUGCUGAUGUUAUCUAGGGCCAAAGGAAACAUAAACAUGACUGCUUUUCAGAUUCUCUCCAUGGCGAGGAAAAAAAAAAUUAAUACAUGUAUUUAUUUCAAUUAUCCUUAAAUACCUCUGUUUAUAGCUUUGGUAACACUAGUUAGAAUUCAGAAGACAGCCCAGAUUCCAUCUGGAGUACAGCAAUAAUGUGUGAUAACUGGUAUUUCCUUUAGUCUUUCCAGGGCUUAAUUUUCACUAGGUAUAAACAAUUGUUGAAUGUCUGCUGAAAUAGUCAAAUAAAACGAGAUGCAACUGUACUAAUGGAGGAUUGCCUGCCUUC